AUGGGGCUGAAAGUAAAGUGUGCAGUGUUUAUACUGGCAUGCCUUUGCCACGCGGUGACUGGUGCAACAAUCCUUGCUGUGUUCUCUUCUUUGUCCUUCUCUGACCACCUUGUUUUUAGAGGAUAUUUAUCAUUACUUGCACGAAAGGGUCAUUCCUUGAUAGUUAUGACACCAUACCCUGGACACUUUUCGUAUCCUGAAGUUGAAAAUAUUGUAGAACUAGAUGUUGGUCAAGCGUCUGCACCCUUUUGGGAAGAGUACAAAAAGCUUAUGACGAACACCAUUGAUCAUUACCAACGAUUAAAGGCUAUCAACGAAUUCUCAGUUAGAUUGGCAAUAGCGCAGUUGAAGUCGAAACAGAUGGUUGCACUGCUUAUAAAUCCUAAUAUACAUUUCGACCUAGUUAUCACAGAGGCUGAUGUGCCGUUACUCUAUGCGAUUGCUGACAAAUAUCGGGCUCCCCACAUUUCCAUCACUGCCUCGACUGGUAAGAUACAUCAGCAUGAAGCAAAAGGAGAUCCAAUACAUCCAAUUUUUUAUCCAGAUGUUAACGCAUUAAGCCAUGGUAAUAUGACUCUUUGGGAAAAGGUUAUCGAAUUUUAUCGCCACAUUCAAACAAAAAAUGAAUAUUAUAACAACUAUCUUCCUCUUUGUGAGCUGGCUGCAAGAAAGCUAUUAGGUCUAAAGAGACCUCUUCAAGAAGUGGAGUAUGACAUAGACUUGUUAUUUAUCGCAAGCAAUCCAGCUUUGACUGGUAACAGACCAACGGUGCCAGCUGUUGUGUAUGUCGAUCGUAUGCAUAUUAGACCGGGAUUGAGCUUGCCACAGGAUUUAUUGAAUGUUUUGGAUUCAGCGACUAAAGGUGUUGUUUACUUUAGUUUGGGAGCAAUACAGGAAGUAGAAAAGCUUUCUACAAGUAUUUUACAAACUUUUGCACAAGCCUUUCAAGAAUUACCAUUCACCGUACUCUGGAAAAUAGGUAACACGACCAUGUUCAAAAAACCUGAUAACUUGAUUUCUCAAACAUGGUUCCCGCAGCAACAAGUUUUGGCUCACCCAAACGUCAAGGCUUUCAUUACUCAUGGUGGCGCACGUUCCUUAGAAGAAGCAAUUUUUUACGAAGUUCCAAUUAUUGGAUUCCCAAAUGUUAAGUCUAGAAAAGUUUUUAUUAACGAAGUCACAAAGUAUGGCGCUGGCGAGAUUCUAGACCCGUACUAUUUGGAUAAGGAGACUGUUAAAGCUGUGAUUACUGCUGUUACCACUAAUGAAAAAUACAAGCUGGCUAUUUCAAAUUUAAAACACAAGAUCUUCGACUCUCUUGUAUCCGGUCCAGAUGAUGCUAUAUGGUGGACCGAGUAUCUUUUGCACCAUGGGACUGCACGUCACCUCCGUUCAUCUACUGUAGGGUUCACCUUGUCUAAAACCUGUCCAGGCCUAUAUUGCGGGCGCACAGAACUUGACGAUGGUUCAUGGAGUGAUUGUGGAGCCUGUCCGAGAGGUUUCCGAACUAACGCUUCUAGUUACUGCAUACAGUGUAUGGACGAACCGACGCUUUACGAUGGACUAUACCUGGGAUUUAUGGUGCUACUGCCCAUGGUUCUGCAUUGGUCCUUCAUAGAUAUGGUAGCUUAUGGAGAGUGUAAAAAAAAGGUCCUUGUUCAACACCUUUGUGCAUUUGUUGAAGUGGCAUCAGGCACUUUAGCUGCGCUAUUAGUGUUGCCUCCUAUGGGAACCAUAGCACUAAAUGUUUGCUCUCCAAAGGCACUGUCAGAUUGGUAUACGCUACUGCAUAACCCUCAGCCAGACUAUAAAGAGACCCUACAUUGUACCCAAGAAGCAGUGUAUCCAUUGUACACAAUAGUUCUUCUCAUCUAUGCAUUUAGCCUUCUGAUGACAAUUACUUUAAGACCUUGGUUGUUGACAUGGGAGCCAUCAAACCCCGGCAAGAAGGCAAUCUACAGUGCACUGUACUUCUACCCUAUAUUAGUGCUCAUACAUACUGUUGCUGCAGGCUUAAUAUACUGUUCCUUCCCGUACAUAAUAAUAAUAAUAUCUAUGAUGACAUCGGCAUCACAUUUCUCUAUUAAAAUCGAGCAGUCAGCUUGGCGAUUACUCAUGUCCACGGUCACUCGUCCUAGAAAUCUUGUCAUAGUAGUUGGACACUGGCUGGUGCAUGCAUACGGAAUCAUUUCUCUAACAGGAUUUAAGGAACUUUGCGCGUUAUUAAUUUAUCCUGAUUUCUAUCGAAUUUUGCCCGCAAUCAUUGAAAAGAUCGGUUAUCUGAUCAUGUCUCCUCCAAGAUCAAAGUGUGCUACGUGGUCCAAAGAAAGCUUGAGAGCGGCAGUUAAUGAUGAUUCGAUUAUGUUUCAAGGCUUUAUUUAG